UUUUUAGCCCUCUCCCCCCCCCCCCUCCUCCUUGCUGUUGAUACACAUCCUUCUUCACUCUACCACAGUACACAGUACAUUAUUCUCCUCGCUCCAUUCUCCCAGCAUGUGACCAAUGGCCUUCUUUCAUUUCAACAGGAAGCAGAGGCUGCUGCUGAUCGCCUACGCCAUUCUCUUCUUUUUCCUCCUCCUCCUUUGCCGCUUCUGGUCCCUCCGCGACCCGGGCUCCCUCUUCUUCGAAGCCACUGAAGGCUAUCGGCCCAAGUACAGUCUUGCCCGUAUCCAGGAGUCGCUAGACUACCUCACCGUCUACAAUCAAAGUGGCGCCACCUAUCCCUACCCACCGAUCGAAUACCAACCACCUAGAGACAAGGCUGCCUGCGUCGGGAUCGUGACGGUGAAACGACCGCUGCAGCAGAAUCUUGCCACAACCGUUGCUUCGAUCCAGGACACACUCACGCCGGAGCAGCGGCGCGCGCUGAGCAUUCAGGUGCUCUUCGCGCUUAGCGACCCCACCGAGCACCCGGACUACAAUCAAACAUGGCUCUCGACGAUCGUGGACCACGUCAAUACUUAUGAAACGGUAGACGCGCCGCACGUGACGAUCGCCAGCCUCGAGAAAAAGAAGGAUAUAAAGCGCAAGUCGCUGCUGGACUACCGACUGGGCCUACAGGCCUGCUACGAUGGGAGCGACGCCCCUUGGAUCGUCAUGCUGGAGGACGACGUGGUGGCCCAGCGCAAUUGGUACGAGCACACAAUGCAGAGCGUGCGGCGCAUUGAGGAGGCCCGUCAGCACGGCCAGCUGCAGGACUGGUUGUACGUGCGUCUGUUUUACACGGAGAAGUUUCUGGGCUGGAACUCGGAGAGCUGGCCCGUCUACCUCUUCUGGAGCGCCUUGACCGUCGCCAUCGUCGCCUGGGUCGCCCUGGCAGCUCGCCGUCGGAUCCGCGCCGCACAGCCCGUUCUCACCAACCCCUUCCUGCUGGUCCUCUGCUUCCUCUGUGUGCCGGCUUUGAUCGGUCUCUUCUUCAUGACCGGCCGAGUCACCUGGUUUCCCAUGGAGCCCGGCGUGCACGUCAUGAACUCGCACGGCUGCUGCUCACAGGCCCUGCUCUACAACCGCGCUCACGUGCCGGAACUCCUCCGCUUUCUGGCCGAGCGCGAAGACAAGACCCCUACCAAGGCCGUCGAUACCGUCAUCGAGAUGUUGGCGGGCAAGGAAGGCCUGGAACGGCUGGCCAUCUCUCCGUCGCAGAUGCAGCACGUCGGAGCGGCCUCUUACAAGGAAAAGAAGAAGAAAUGGGAGUGGGAGGGGCCGUAUCGCAUCAAGGGAGCCCAUGGGGUGUGGAGUAUGGGCUUCGAAACUGCAUAUACUCAACAAGGGUCGUACCGAUGGUUUGACAUGUGAAAAGAUCAACCACGUCCUCCAAACAAUUAUGACAUUUCUGCAGCUCUGUGGUGAGCAGGAGGUAGAAUUUGAAGGUUUCUCCGGAGAUGCAUUCGCUCCAUACUUAAUGAUACAUGUGGGAUGACUUUGUUUUCGCAUUUCACUGCGAAUGUUAAUGUGGAUUAGGACUUUGUGUAUAUGAUAUGGUAUAGUUCUACGGGGUCUAAUUAUGUUAAAGAGUAGUUUUUCUAGAUAGAGUACAAGAUGGUUGUUUAU